GUCAUUCCUCCUUUCAAUUCUUUCUUACACGGCUAUAAAGUCAAAGUCAUCCAUUUUCCUUAUUAAUCUUAUUUACUUCUUUUUUCUUUGGAUUUUUUUUUUAUUUCCUUUCACUAAAGGGUAUCUUCUUGGAGUUUUAUAUAAAUGAUGUAAUGUAAUUUCAUUCAAAACCAUUCAUGUUGUAACUUGUAUACCCUUGACUAUUCUCUAGCUACUAUUCUAGGUCUCCAUCUCCUUUUCAUAUAUAUUACCAUCGCGUAAGUUUACAAAGGAAUAAUAAGGCGCUUUCUGUCAACAAUUUCUUCAUUCAUAAAUUUGAAUUCGAGACUUUCAAUUAAUUAAGAUUGUAAAGGUCUUAUCCAUCCUGAGUGAAACUGGAAGAUGGCAGGAGGAGGAGGAGGAAGAUCGUUGGAGCAAACGCCGACGUGGGCAGUUGCCGUAGUUUGUUUUGCGUUGGUUGCCAUUUCUAUUGUAAUAGAGUUCAUCAUCCAUCUUAUUGGCAAGUGGUUGAAGUCUAAGCACAAAAGAGCAUUAUAUGAAGCACUUGAGAAGAUAAAAUCAGAGUUAAUGCUGCUGGGAUUUAUAUCCCUAUUGCUAACAGUAGGGCAAGAUCCAAUAUCAAAUAUUUGUGUAUCUGAGAAAAUUGCUAGUACAUGGCAUCCAUGUAGUAAGCAAAAAGAAUAUGAAAUGAAUAAGAAGGAUAAUUAUGACGACGAAGAGGGUCAUCGCCGGCGACUUCUUACGGAGACAGAUGGUGGAGUUCGGCGAGUUUUGGCGGCUGCCGGAACUGACAAAUGUGCAGACAAGGGAAAAGUAGCAUUUGUAUCUGCUGAUGGUAUUCAUCAAUUACAUAUUUUCAUUUUCGUGCUGGCUAUUUUUCACGUAUUCUACUGUGUUACCACAUUGGCUCUUGGAAGAGCUAAGAUGAGUCGUUGGAAAAUAUGGGAAAAGGAAACAAGAACAGCUGAGUACCAAUUUGAUCAUGAUCCUGAGCGAUUCCGGUUUGCUAGAGACACGUCAUUUGGAAGAAGACACUUGAGCUUUUGGACUAAAAACUCUAUUUUAUUGUGGAUGGUUUGUUUCUUCAGGCAAUUUGUAAGAUCUGUCCCAAAAGUGGAUUACUUGACCCUACGACAUGGGUUUGUCACGGCGCAUCUGGCACCUCAGAGCCACGUAAAUUUUAAUUUCCAAAAGUAUAUCAAGCGUUCAUUAGAAGAAGACUUCAAAGUGGUCGUUAGCAUCAGUCCCCCAAUUUGGUUCCUUGCUGUAUUAUUCCUACUCUUCAAUACUCAUGGCUGGUAUUCUUAUCUGUGGCUACCGUUCAUUCCUUUGCUUGUGAUAUUGUUAGUAGGGACCAAACUACAAGUGAUAAUCACCAAAAUGGGACUAAGAAUUCAAGAAAGAGGGGAAGUAGUGAAAGGUGUUCCUGUGGUUCAGCCUGGAGAUGACCUCUUUUGGUUCAAUCGUCCUCGUCUUCUUCUUUAUCUCAUUAAUUUUGUCCUUUUUCAGAAUGCUUUUCAGUUGGCGUUCUUUGCUUGGACUUGGUAUGAAUUUGGAUUGAAAUCUUGUUUCCACGAUCAUACUGAGGAUAUCGUCAUUAGAAUGACAAUGGGGGUUCUUAUUCAGAUUCUCUGCAGCUAUGUCACCCUUCCACUAUAUGCCCUAGUGACACAGAUGGGAUCAACAAUGAAACCAACAAUCUUCAACGAACGAGUAGCAACAGCAUUGAGGAAAUGGCACCAUAGUGCCAAAAAGCACAUAAAAGAGAUUAACAAGCAUUCCAAUUCAGUAACUCCAAUGUCAAGCAGGCCAGCAACGCCUUCUCACGGCAUGUCACCUGUCCAUCUCCUGCGUGGGAUCCGCACGAGUGACAUGGACACGAGUCCACAAAGAUCGAAUUAUAAUGUGGACCAUUGGGAUAUCGAGGGCUCGCCAUCUCCCACCCGAUUUUACAAGGGUGGGGAUGGAUCGCCCUCUCCGUCUUACAUGCAUCAGAUUCAAAUUGGUCACUUGCAUCAUCAUGACUCGGAAGGUCACGAGCCUAGUUCAUUCGGCCAAGUGGUUCCUUUGUCACAAACGGUGGCUCGUGACCAACCCGAAAUCAACGUUGCCCUUCCAAGGGACUUUUCUUUUGAUAAGAGAACAACUAGUGUAUAAAUUUUACAUAGUUCAUGCAAGUGGUGGAGCCACCUUUAUUGAAUAGGAGUUAAUUGACACCCCUUCUUCGGAGAAUUACAGUGCAUAUAUAUAAGUUAAUUUUUCUUUUAUUGUACGUAUACUACUUGUUGAAUACCUUUAACUUU